CUGUCAAUACUGGGUUUGUCUGUUUUUCUGUUUUUAUUUAAAGGGUUUUGGUUGUGGUUGGUUUCUAUGUUUAAAAUAAUAAUAUAAACUUAAUUAAUGCAAAAAAAUGUCACAGCUGGAAUUAAACUCUAGUAGUGAAAACAACAUACAAGAAAUCGAAUUGAGAAGAGAGUUAGAACGUGAAUUGAAGAAUAAAAGACAAUGUACAUAUCAACCUUAUGAAUGUAGCCAGUUGUGUUUGGAUAAUUAUCAAUAUUGCAUGAAACAUAUUCUUAAUGAUAAGAGUGCUCCAUUUAAACAAUGUUCAUUUACAUAUAAUACUAAUGGUAAAAAAUGCAAUUUACCUGCUCCAAGAAGUGAUAAAAAGGAUUUUGGUUACUGUAGUGAACAUGCAUUGAAAGUUACUCUGACUAGGAAUAGACAAAACUCGAAGCAUCCUCUACCAUGUACUGCUGAAGUAUUGUUAAGUUCUUUGUCACAUUAUGUUUACAAACCAAGAAAUAGAAAUAGUUCAUCCAGUACCCACCAUUCUGAUGAUGAUAGAGUUACUCCUGAUUCUGAAUUGAAGUCUGCUAAAUGUUUUGAUCCAUUUGUUGAUAUUGAUGCCAGCAUGGUUCAGAGUGAAAAGUGUAGCCGCAUAUUGGAUGUUUGCAGUGAAUCAGAAAGUGAUAUCGAGCCUUCAACAUUAUCUUCCAUAUGGCCAGACAUCCAGGCUGAUAGUUCUGAUGACGAAAGCAUUGAUUCUGAAAAUGAAGAUCUUUUAAAGCAUGCCAAUGUGUAUACAGCUGAAGAAAUUACUUUACUAGCCAGAGAUAAACUAAUAAAGUUGCAGUCAUUGUAUAUUGAACAAUAUAGAUAUCUACAAUAUUUACUAACAAAGAAAAGAAGAAAGUAUUUGCAUUCAUUGAAACGAGAGAAAGAAACAUGUUGUAAUAUUUAUAAUCAAGUGCGUGAUAAUCCAAAGGAACAGAGGUUGUAUAAAAAAUUAAAGGCGUUAUAUAACUAUCAAAAGUGCCAUGGUACUGAUGCCAUAUUAAGUAAAAGGUUAAGAGAUCUUAGAGUAAAGUUGGCAACUGACGGAGCUUCGAAGAGUAGUUUCUAUUCGAAAUGUAUAUUCACUGAAGGUGGAGUUAAAUGUGGUGAACGGUCUUUACCUCUAGCCAAACAUUGUCAAAAACAUAUUCUUGAGGAUAACAAUCAAGUUUUGUUUCGAGCUUGCGGCAAAAUGACAGCUGACAUUGAAUGUCCCACGCCCAUAGUGGCUAUGGACGACGCCACUUGUCCCCUCCACAUGGAUGUUCCUCUGUUGAGAUCUUAUGGUCAAAUAAGAAAAGAUUCAGAGUCGGACGCAGACGAUACAGCUGACAUGAACUUCAAUCAGACCACCUCACAAAUGCCGGAAAACAUUAAAGACGAAUUUAUCACCUACGAACCUCCCGAAAUACCAAAAAUGGAAUCCCUUCCAUCGAUGUUGUUCGAAGAAACUCUUCAAAAUGUACCGACGAAGCCGACAUCUUCGAACAUAUUCAGUAUCGACUUUUCGGCUCUGUCAGAACAAGCCAAAGAAACGAAGAUCGAAGAUGUGAAAAUGGAAGAUAGCGUUACAGAGGACAAUUCUGCUACGAUAACCGCCGAAAGCGAAAAAAUGGAUAUGACGAUCAGUAACGAUGCAACAGAGAAUUCAGUCUUGGACAAUGAGAGUAUGGUUGUAGAAGAAGUUGUGGAAGAGACAGUAACUUUUGACUUUCCCAAAAAUAUUGGUGCCGAAUAUGUGCAAAAUAGUGGCGAAUCUGAGAUGAGAGCCGUUGAUGCGUUACUUAAAGCAGCCGAGAUGAUAAACGAUCAAAGCAAACUUGAGGCCAAUCUUCCCACUACACAAGACUAUACUGAUGCCAAUACAGAAAAAUCUACCACGAAUGAGACGGCGGAAGUUGAUGGAAAUACAGCUACUCACAGUACAGAAGUGUCAGAGAAGUUACCCAAAUAAAUUAGAUGGAUAAACAAUUUUGUUGUUUUUAGAUUUUACAUUGUAUUCGUUGAAAUAAAAAAGUUUGAACCCUUA